CCGGAAUCGGGGCGCAGUGUGCAUCUCGCAACCCCCCAUUAACAACCCCAACAAUCCCCCCCGGAAUCGAUAUGCCCGAGUGAAAUCGAAUCACGUGAACUUGAAGUUAUGCCGCUGUCCUCGGAGGCAAAAAAAAUCAUGAACAAUUUUAUAUAAAAUAAAAUAGGAGUUCAAAACUUCAGAAUUAAAAAACAAAGUGGCAGCCAAAGACAAUCAAAUGGCUGGAAAAAUGAAGGAUAUCUGUUAUAUUUUCAAUACCUUUUCGGAUCAUUCCCUCGAGUCCUUAUAUCAAAGUUUCAGCGUCAAGCAGAAGCGAGCCGGAUUGGAAUGUUUUAUUAUAACGGCUGCAUUGUUCGAUGUUUACAUGCUGGUGGUACCCCUCUACACCAAUUUCAUCCCAAUAGUAAUCUUUCUGCUCAUCAAUAUCGGACUUCUGAUCCUUUGUCGAAGAGCACCACCAAACAGUAACUUCACAUGGAUCUUAUUGCCCCACGUAUGUUGGUAUCUGGCUGUAACACAAAUAGUCGUUGGAUUACACUUAAAGGACCAAGACGUCACCCCGAGAGAUAAUCUAGGAUGGGUGUUACUGUUCGAUUAUUUAAUUUACGUCACUUUGCCGCUGAGACUUAGAUAUUGUAUGAUUGUCAGUAUAGUGACGUGUGUGACGUAUACGGUGGUAUUGACAUUUGCCCGGACGGACCAAGAUAAUUUGCUUUAUCAGUAUAUGUCAAAUUUAAUAUUACUUCUGACAUCGAACAUUCUUGGACUUACGUCUUACCUGGUGGAGGACAAGCAGCAGAGAAGGGCCUUUUUAGAAACGAGACAAUCUUUAGAAGUUAAACUGGUUAUUGAGGAACAAAGCGCUGAACAAGAACGGCUAUUACUUUCGGUCCUACCGGAACACGUGGCGGUACAAAUGAGGCAAGAUUUGGAUCAGGCAGACAGUCAGUUUAAGAAAAUUUACAUGAGCCGGCACGAGAACGUCAGCAUACUCUACGCGGAUAUAGUAGGUUUUACAGCCAUCUCAUCCACUUACUCCGCUCAAGAGCUGGUUAAAAUGCUGAAUGAGUUGUUUGCCAGAUUCGACAAGCUCGCCGAGAUGUACCAUCAGCUAAGAAUCAAAAUUCUUGGAGACUGCUACUACUGUAUUAGCGGGGCUCCAAUUGAAAGACCAGACCAUGCCGUACUCUGCGUUCAUAUGGGACUUUCAAUGGUUAAGGCCAUUAAAUACGUACAGCAAACAGCAAAUUCUCCUGUCGACAUGAGGGUGGGAAUCCAUACAGGGGCUGUAUUGGCUGGAGUUAUAGGACAAAGACAGUGGCAGUUUGACGUGUAUUCUAAAGACGUGGAACUUGCCAAUAAAAUGGAAAGCAGCGGUAAGGCUGGGAGAGUCCACAUUUCGGCGACCACUUUAUCAUUUUUAAGUGGCGAGUUCGAGGUGGAGCCAGCAUAUGGCGAAAAACGUGAGGAGGCGCUAAGGAUUGCAGGAUUAAAAACUUAUUUUAUUGUUAAGGUCCUAAAGCCGUUUGAACCCCAAAAUGAUGUACAGAAUGGUGAUACGACUGUGGCUUCUACCGAUGUUACUUCAAUAAGUCUUACAGUAACGGAUGAGAAGAAUAACACUGAGCCAGUAACAUUAAAGGAAGAUGCAGAAUUCAAAUCAAGAUUACGAAAAGAGUUAGUGAGCAGGGAUGGACACAUGGAGCUCGCCAAAAACACCAAAUACAUCACCUUAUCAUUUAUUGACCCCCAAAAAGAAAAAUCAUAUCACCACCACAUAGAAAGUUCGUCGAGUUAUAUCUUGAUGAUGUUCAUAGUUAUAAGGGUAGCGAUAGCGGCUUGUAUAUUUUUAGCAUUUCCAAAUGACCUAACGAUAGAUGCUAACUACAUUUUAGAAAAUGGACUAUUUUUUACUUUAGUGGUAAUGGCGAUAAUCGAGGAGAUUCCUGGAGUGUCCAACUGUUGUAAGGCCUAUAAGGAAUCAAUGGUUGUUAGGAUGAUUCUGGCAACAUUGUGCAUAUUAGUCUUAGGAGCGAUGAAUAGCGUAGAUCCUCUGUCCUGUAUAAGAAUCCAGUCAGAAACAAACUGCACCACAAGCACGGAUCUUAACCAAUCAUGCCUCUAUCCCUCUUACUUUUCUUACUUCGGGGUGUUGAUACUGAUCGCUGCUUCUCUUCCUGCCUGCUUACCAUAUCUAUGGAAGAUGUUCCUUAUGGUUGGUGUGACGGCGAGCCAUUGCUGCGUCAACAUUUUUGCUAUUGGCAAUACGUUGGAUUGCGAGGAGGCUGGGUUAGGAAUAAGCCAAGAAAAUAGCCUAUCUAAUUUGAAAUUUGCCCUUUCCGGCCUCCUAAUCACGGCGACACUCGCCCUGGUAUUUCUGGCACGGCACAUGGAACAGGUGCUAAGGGUACUUUUUCUGUGGCGUUCGGAGGUCGAGGAGCAGCGCGACUGCGCAGAAGACCUAAAGCGGCGUAACGAGGCCCUCGUAUACAACAUUUUACCCCCGCAUGUGGCCGCCCACUUUAUGGGAAGCCGCAAUAGGAGCCAUGACGAAUUGUAUUCGCAAAGCUACGACGAAGUGGGAGUUUUGUUUGCUUCUAUGCCCAAUUUUUCUGAUUUCUAUUCCGAAGAAACUGUUAACAACCAGGGGUUAGAGUGCCUAAGAUUUCUCAACGAGGUUAUAUCUGAUUUUGACGCCCUACUCGAGCUUCCUCAGUAUCAAGACAUAAUAAAAAUAAAGACAAUCAGCUCGACGUAUAUGGCAGCCAGUGGCCUAAACCCAAGCAGACAAAUAAAGCCUGACGAUCCGGUCAUAGUUCGCUGGGCUCACUUAGCUCUAUUGGUGGAAUUUGCCCUGGACCUUAAAAAAGCCCUUCAGAGCAUCAACGAACAAUCAUUCAAUCAUUUUGUCCUAAAGCUGGGCAUCAAUCAUGGCCCCAUUACCGCUGGGGUCAUUGGUGCUAGGAAACCCCACUAUGAUAUUUGGGGUAACACUGUUAACGUCGCUUCCAGAAUGGAGAGUACUGGAAAAGCUGGAUGUAUACAGGUUACGGAAGAAACAUGCCAAAUCCUGCAGGCCUUCGGCUACCAAUUCGAGCAACGCGGUUUAGUAGCGGUGAAAGGUAAAGGUCAACUGAUGACUUACUACCUGUUGGGUAAGACUGGGAAAAUAACUCCGCCCACCGCACCUGUGUCACCGAUCACUGGGGUGAACGCCAUGGAGACGGUCAACGAGGAAGACGAGUCACGUGACAGCUUAACCUCAAAAUCCGAGGAGAAAACUUCGGAGAAAACGGUCAUUGAAUGUAGCGACAAGGUAGACGACGAGGUGUUCAUCUUGGAAACAGAAACAUCCGAGGGGGCCUGUAAUGUCGAAACGUCCGUUAAGGAUUCGAACGAGGCGACGUGUUUGCUAAGUUCUUGUGAUGGUUAAGUUUAAGCGGAUAUUUAGUUCUACCACGUUUUUUGAAUGUUAGAGGUUUUAUUUUAAUUCUUUUAGGUCAUAAAUAUUCAUGAUUUUUUUAAUUUAAGUUUUAUACUUUUUAAUAGGAUUGUUCUGGGAAAGGAGCUUUUAUUUUAGGAGGUAGAAAAAGACUAGAAUAUCCUACUAACUUUAGGCUAGUUUAGCAAAAAAAAGGUAAAAUUACGGUAAAAGUAUAAAGGAGAUUUACACAUAUAGGGUUUCUUUUUAACAAAGCUAUUAGUUUUUCCAGUAUUAAUUUUUCACAUAAAUUAGCUUUCAUGCUAUCAGUUACAUCAAAAAUCGGUUUGGAUAAAAUCAGUUAAAAUUCGCAUCAUCAAUAAUCAGGGUAUCAGUUAAUUGCAUGCUGAUAUUUGUGGGAGUGAUACUAAUCAUCAAUAUUUUAAAAAAUGUGCAUAUAUAUAUGGUCUAAAGAACAUUAGAACAUUGAAUACACUAAAAUAAACAUUGACUAGCAAGCAGACGGGAUAUUUUGUUGAUAAAUAUGCUUAGUAUUCCACGUUGCCAGUGAUUACUCAAUUUUAACAAAAGAAAAUAAAGUAAUAUGUGGCAACGCUGUACAUUUCGUACAGAAAUAUUCUCGCGAUAAAGGUAUUUGGCAACUGCGCUCGUUGUUUACUUUUGGAAGGUGCAUCUUUCGUACAUUAUUAGUAUUGUAAGUAUUGGAUAGGAAAAUUUAACUUUUUCCUUUUAUUUCUCUUAAGGAAAAUAUUAUUGAAAAUGUGUAAUUAAGUAUAUUAUUAUAAUCUAGCAAAUUUUUUGCUUAUUCGAACCCGAAAUGCCGCAAACAUAAUGUGUGCAAAACUGAAGGUAAUGUCCGGUCGAUAUCCUGCAACCAAAAAAUCGAGAACGCAGCAUAAAUGACGUUUGCCAGCAACAUAUUUAUAGUCCGCGCCCACUGUUAUUUAAUCAAUAUAAUGUCUGUACCUCCUGUAAUUCCGAAGGAGUUUUAAUAAUUUUUUGCCUAGAUAUUAACAAUGAAUAAAAAACUAAAUCGGUUUAUGGUGGGUGUAAACCUGGACAAACCGAGAUUUUUUUAUGAAAAUUAAUUAAAAAGGUAACUUCCAAGGAUUUGAAUUAAACUUUUUCUUAUAAUAUAUAAUAAUUAUCUAAACGGAUUUGAGAUGUUUGGAAACCUCUACAAACAAACGUUUUUUGGUUAAAAAUUAUUGAGUUGUUAGAUGUUAUAAAGGGCUAUAACUGCCAAACGAUAUA